AUGCACGUCGUACCAGGUCCUGGUGACGGGGCUUGCCGCCAGUGCAAGCAAAAAUGCGCAGGGGGUCCCCCAUGCAAGCGAUGCAUAAGACGCGGCAUCCCUUGUGACCUGGCGCACUUGGGCAGUUCCUGUCCAGGGCCUCAGGCACUAGUGACUGAAGGACAGCCCAUCUCGCACGGCGGAUGCUCGACCCGCGGCAUCCGGAGCUCACCACCGGUCGGACAGAGGAGAGCAAAUCGCUCAACAAGCCCGAUUACACAUCCACCAAAAGACUCCGACGAUUAUAGAAAGCUCAUACAGAAACUCAUCAGCUCAUCACUGGGGUCCCAGGUCGCGUAUAGUGAUCGGGGAACUCAAACAGUGAACGAUGAAGGUCAAGACACAAGACACGCGUCACUUGCUCUUGGCCCGGAAGCAAAAGGGGCCUCCGGCCGAGCCCCUGAAAGCGGAGAACAAGCGCCUCAACCCGCGGCACAGGACCCUAGCCCGGAAACAGCAACUGACCGCGAUGAUCUGAUCGAUAUGUUCAUCCGCUUCGUGUUGCCUAAGUAUCCGAUCGUGGAGCUCUGGGCACUGCAGUCUAUGAAGCUGGCAGCCUCGGAGAGCGCAGAGCUUAUGUCAAUUGCUGGCAUUGGCAAGUUACUAUCAUACAUUGACGUGGCGCAUCCAGACGGCAACGAGACGGGAAUUCUUCCUGGACUCGCCGAGCAGCAAACAGCGUUCCACAUGCCCGAGGCGAGCCCUUGGUCAAGGGUCCGCUGCUUGUUACUGAGAUCGGUGUAUUUCCUGUUUCUCGGUGAUCCCCCCGAGUCGAAGCUCUCUUGCGAUAAAGCAGGUGCGAUGCUCCGCACACUCGAAACACCGCAGUCAUCAGACAGAGAGCUAUAUUGCGGCCCAACGGUGGUCGUGGAUAACUGGGCGGCGAAGGGACCGAUGAUCAUUUAUGGUUACUCGUCAGCGAUCCUCUAUGAGGUUUUGGAUUGCUCGGGAGUACCGUCCUACAUUAAAACCGUAUACGACGCCAAGCUUGGGACGGAGCAAGUGAAGUGGAAAGGAAACUGCUCGAUGCCGGUGCAAGCCAAGACGAAGAAGCACAAACCGACACGUAUGUGGCUGCAGCUGUGCUCUUUCUGCCUUUCAGACCCGAAGCUCAGGCCAUAUUGUCAGACCCCGAAACCCAGCCGAAAGAAGUCGUUGAGACUUCCAGGACUCAGUUGGAGACGAUUGGCUGCUGGUUGGGCUUCGUUAUCAGGCAUAUUCAGGGUCGGUCGGUUAUACACCGUGCAGCGUAUUUUCAUAUGUAAGUACUGGUCCGUUUGUUGGUUCAUUCGCCUCUACGCGUGCCAUCAGAGUUGUGGGGAGAAGUUUGCCAAUGCGCGGGACCUAGCGUUUUUCGUUGACAAAGCUGCCACCUUCAUGAAAGAGAGGCUGCCGUUAGUGCCAGGUGACCUGCCGUUCAUGGCAGUUACGAAAUUGAAAGAAGGCGACCGGCUGCCUUCUCUUCCAUGCCACAGCAGCACGGGUGACCACAACAUGACCACCGCCUGGGUGCCAAAUGAGGCUAUGGCCGCCUGGACAUCGGUCGUGGAUUGCCUUGGCGACGGGCUUGAACGACGACAGAACAAAGAAGGACAUGCCAAGGAGAGCCUUGGCGUCACUGCAGAGAACCAAGUGAGUUCCUUGAGCUCUCGACUGCUCGAUCAAUCACCGUCAGCACAAAGAGCGCUAGGGCUAAUCCAUGCGAAGGCGAAGAACGUCCAUGGUGAUGUUUGGGCGUGGACGGUAUUGAGUGAGCUGAAUGUAUAUGCCCGCAGAGUUGAUCAACUGUUGCGUCAGCCUGAGAGGUCAAUUCUUCGGCACCAAGAAACGACUGCGAUGCCCGUCGCCGGUUCUGCGACGUCCCUGUCAGACUUGAAAAUCGAAGUUGACAGUUGUUGUGAUGAUAGAGCGGAAUCGAAUCUGCUGCCUUUGGCUUUUUGGAGCACCACGCGAGACAGGCUGGUGACGUUCGGCAACCUACAGAGAAAUCUCUCAAGCGGCCCAAAUGCGGAUUUGAAGGGACUCAGGCAGCCGGUGGGUCCCUUUGCUGUCGUCUCAGAGCUCUGUGGACACGCACUUGAGGCCUCCAUGCGAACGGGCACAUGCCGCGAAGAGAUUGCGGCCCUGCAACUCGCCUGGGACAAGGCUUGUAUCGGUGUGCGGGCGCGUGGAUGGGAAGGAAAAAUGGAUGAAGCUAACUCGGAACAAGUGGUGCAGAAGCUGGUGGAGAUGAACGACCUGCACGACGCGGGCACCAUGAGGCUGGCGAACAGACUUCAAGUGGGAGACGUCAACUAUACCGUUGGUAAAAUGCUCGGUGUAGGGACAUUUGGCGUGGUCUACCAAUGCAAGUCCAUACCCGACGACAAAGUGGUAGCCAUCAAGUUUGUGAGUCAUCUAGUCGCUCUUGAAACUGACAGUGGAUACCAACCUUUUCCCUGGCCAUAUGUUGUAUGUGCCGCCGCCCAGCGUACGGCUCGCAGUGCUGACGUGUGGCAAAGGGGCGACACCAAACGUUCACGCCUUCGAGAAAAAGAUCUUCCUGCACAGCGCCUUGGUUGUCGACUGUCUGGGGCCGUCGCUCCAUGUACUUUUCGAGAAAGGCGGACGGGUCUUUUCCGCAAGAACCUCCAUUUGAUACAGCUGCUACAUGACCACGGCUACACUCACCAGGAUCUCAAACCAGAGAAUAUUCUCAGCGACGGCUGGAACAACGCGAUCGUAUCCAGGUUUUAUCUCAUAGAUCUUGCUUCCGCAACGCUUUAUCGAGACCCAAAGACGGGAUCGCACAUCCAACACUCGACUGCCCAUGGUAUCGUCGGCACACGGCGGUACAUGAGUAUCGACGCACACAGAGGGAACGCACAGUCGCGUCGAAGUGACAUGCAGUCCCUGCUUUACAUGUUCAUAUAUCUUGCCAAGGGGGGAUUGCCGUGGCAGGGCAUACAAGGCAGCGAGCGCGAACGGUUGACUUGUGCCGCAAAGGAGCGGGUACAAGCAGAGGGGCUGGUCCGCGAUAUAGACGAACAGUUGGCAGGGGCACUUUUGGUCUUCGCACAACAUGCUUUUGCACUCCGGUUCGACGAACGGCCAGAUUAUGAGGGCCUGAGGCAGCGUUUCGGGGUCGCCCUCGAGACGAUGACGGAAACGGACGAAGGGUGCCUUUGGCCGGACGGGCUACUCACGCCGGGAUACGAAAUACGCGCAGAUGGCUUAGCUUGGCUUAACUUGGCUCGACGGGUGUUCAAUCGCUCCAUUCCCCUGUGUUUUCAUGCGGUUACGUGGCGUCUCACCUCAGGCCGGCAAAGGCUAGCCGACAAUGCCCUGAUCCCAGAUCCUCUGCAGUUGCCACACUGCGUCCCGCGUGCCUUGCUUCAUGAGGACCGAUCAGCAAGCACGCCAGACCGGGCGCCAACGCAGCAAACUAUCACACGCCGCUAUGCAAGUGACGAUAUGACUCGCAUUAGUGAUGCACCUGGCUUGAGAGUUACGCAUGACGGGCGUGCACCGUGUCUCAGGCGAACGCACUGCAUCGGUCUCAUUGAUGCCCAGGAAUCCCGGGAUAGGUUAAAAGGGAUGAGUACCACGAUGCCGUUAGUCGAUGAACAAAUGCCAUUGCUGGGUCGCCAACGGCUUGCGCGCAAAAGCUGUUGGUACCUGCUGCCUUACGGUCUGCUGCUGGCUGCCUGCUUCCUUUGCAAUUUUAUACCACUUAUUUCUCCGACAAUCCUUGAGAACCUGUCGGUACCCCCUGUCACGGCUCAGUUCCUUCUCUUCGUGGUACCGGACUUUGUACAGGACCUUCUCUGGUUACCUCUGGGUCCUGUGCUUGACCACGCAGCCUUUGAGGUCUUGCACAAUGCAGGAUCUCACGAGCGCAAACAUAUGCGGAAAGCAGACGCCUUAAACUCAACUUUAAAAGCCCUCCUCCUAAAAGUCACCUCAAACGUCAUUACCAUCUACGUGGCAUUGACUCGUCAAGGUGUGGCCGCCUGGCUUUCGACAUGCAUAGCGGCCGCUUUCUCGGUGUUCAUGUGCGGCGCAAAACUCUUACAGGGAAUGACGAUGUGUAAUACACACCCGCCGAGGCACACGCACGUUCAUGCUGACGAGUACAGGGAGAGACAAAGCGAUGCCGUGUUCCAGACGCAGCAACGAUAUGUAGCCGACUCAAAGCUGCGAUCGCGCGUGCUUUCCGUGUGGAAGCUAUUCUUGCUCUGCUUCGUCGCUGCGUUUGCCCACUUUAUGUUAUCUACUGAUGGCCAAAGCGCGCCGAUGAUUGUCCGCCUAGGCCACCAGAUCCAUUCGACUGACACUACGUACGACAAAGUCGUGGGGGGAAUUCCGAAAGCGUGGAGAAUCAUCUUUGCUAUGCGAAAGUCUGCCGGCAUAUUCUGCUACCUUCAGGUGGCCUGUGAGGGCGUCUGGGGUGUGAGGUCCGCCCCUUGGAGCCAUAUUCCCGAGAAUAAAAAGGCUCGGGCCUUCGGAACUUGGUUGUGGGUAAACUGUGGGACCCUAGUACACAGGCUAUCGUCACGCGCGCCUGAUCCAGACCAGACUGGUGAAGCUAAGGGGGACAAGGCAUCAGAGAAGGGCUUUCAAUGA